AUGUUUACUAAUAAUCAUUAAAGUUAUUUAAUCAAUUUGAAAUUCUUUUAGACAUAAUUAUGUUGUUUCUAAUAUAAAUAUAAGACUUCAAUAGAAAUGUUACUAUGUUUUAACUAUCUUAAAUUAGAAAUUUUAACUGUUGAAAAAUUUUUGAGUUUAGUAACAUUUUCUAAUCAGAAAUCAAUUAUUGUAUCAAAAGUAUAUAGUAAUAUAUGGCUAUUUCUGGGAUGUGUAUUGCAUGAUUAAGUUUCUCUACUAUUUUCUUAAAAAUGUAUUUGA